GUCGGUGAGCAGCGGGUCGGUGAGCAGCGGCAGCGUGUCGGUGAGCAGCGGGUCGGUGAGCAGCGGCAGCGUGUCGGUGAGCCGCAGGUUGUCGGUAACAUGGAGGCUCGGCAGCCUGGCAACGGCAGCAGCAGCUCGGAGCGGUUACAUAACGCCAGCAGGUCGCGGGAGAAGCUGCUGAACGUCGCCUCCUCAGCCUCCUCAUAACCCCCCCAGCAGACAGACAGGCAGGCAGACAGACAGGCAGACAGAGAGACAGCCUGGAGGAUGUCUGAGCUGCACGAACACAACAUGGAUUCAAACCCGCUGAUAAACGCCAUGGACCCGUCCAUCACGCUGUGGCAGUUCCUGCUCCACCUGCUGGAGGACCAGCGUCAGCGUCACCUGAUCUCCUGGACCGGUGAGGACGGAGAGUUCAAGCUGCUGGACGCCGAGGAGGUGGCUCGCCUGUGGGGGCUCCGCAAGAACAAGAACAACAUGAACUAUGACAAGCUGAGCCGCGCGCUGAGAUACUACUACGACAAGAACAUCAUAAAGAAGGUGAGCGGUCAGAAGUUUGUGUAUCGGUUUGUGAGUCAGCCCGACGCCCCGCUGGCCAAUGGGAUCCGGAACGGAGACGAGGGUCAGAGGAGGGACGCCGCCGACCCCAACUGCCAAUCACAGAGCCUUGGGGGCGUGGCCUCGACCUGUCUGUCAAAGGGCUUACCUCAGCACUCGUCGCCCGGUGGCUCCCAGAAAAGCUCCCGUAACGACUACAUGAAGUCCGGCCUCUACUCCACCUUCACCAUCCAAUCGCUACAGGCCUCGCCCGGCCCACGGCCAAUCAAAACAGAGCUGCUGCUACAGCAGGACGCCGCCGCCUUCAAGGCCGAUCGCACGGCGAGAGAGGUGUGUGUUCUAGCAGAGUCCUCCCUCCAGGUGAUCGUGACUCACCCGUCUCCCUGUGGGACUCCGGCUCUCAGUCCCCAGAUUCCAGCCAGCACCACCACCAGCAGCCAAUCACAGAAUCCUCCUCUGAACGAGCCUCCUCAGAUUUACCUCACCAGCAUGGGAGACCCCUCCUCUCUCACCCCUCUCACCCCCCUCGGUCCGGUCGGCGGGUUGGUGAGUCCGCCCCCCCCCCUCCACAUGUUGCUGGGCGCCCAGGGACCGCAGCAAGACGACCACCCGGCCGGCUUCCCCCCUCCUCACCCCCACAAUGCACCUCACCCGCCCGUCUUCGUCAUCAUCAACCCUCCUCCCGACCAGCAGCAGGUGGCUGCUCCUCCCUCCGCCCCCCCUCCGCCCGUCCGGCCCCCUCCCCCCCCUAUCGUCAUCAAGGAGGAGAGCCUGCUGGAGAUGGUGUCUCUGGAGGAGGUCCCUCAGCUGAUCAGUGGCUCAGGAGAACUAGAGCCCCCCCUCACCAUCGUGGAGAGCCCGCCCCCUCCCUGCAUGGAGCCCGGGGUCGGAGGUCAGCGGGGGGAGGUCACGCCCACAGACCCCUCCGCCCCCCCACAGACCACCUCCUCCUCGGCGGUGACUCCCGUGGACGCCGUUCCUCCCAAACCCAAGAAGCCUCGGGGCCUGGAGCUGCCCUCCUCCCCCUCCCUCCCCCCCGGCCUCUCCCUGGAUAAGGUGAAUGCAGCUGUUAACAGUCUGCUGGCUCCUGGAUCAGCAACCAACACCCUGACCCCGAGCGUCAUCACCUCCCACUCGCUGACUCCGGUCCUGCUGACUCCCAGUCCUCUUCCCUCCACCAUCCACUUCUGGAGCACCCUGAGCCCCAUCGCUCCUCGCUCGCCGGCCAAACUCUCCUUCCAGUUCCCCACCAACGGCAGUAAUCAGAUACACAUCCCGGCUCUGAGCGUGGACGGUCUCUCCACCCCCGUGGUUCUCUCGCCCGGCCCCCAGAAGCCCUGAGCCCCGCCCCCCUAUGCCUCCCCCCCCUGGAGGGUCAGAGGUCAACUGGAUCUGGACCGACUCUGAAGUCUCCACUCAAAGCAGGAAGCACGUUUUCCCGCUGGAGGAUCAUCAUGCCGAGAAGUUGUGGGAAAACGGGACGCUUUUCCUCGAACCUGAACGCAUCGUGAGGUGGACGGAUGUUUUUUAAAGGAAUAACUGGAAUUAUUGACCAACGAUCACGACUAUCGACCUCCUGACCUUUGACCUGAGCCUCGUUGAUAUUCACGAGGGAACCUUUUUUUUCGGGUGCUUUUUGCUCGUUCUCUGUUUUUAUAAAGAAGUGGUUAUUUAUUUAUGUUUCUUGUUUCCGGCUGCAGGUGUUUGAACGCGGCUCGACAUCGUGGCUCCUGAUUGGUCGAGACCCGAUGACUUUUAUUCAUGUCGGAACGCUCCGGACCUUUUUAGGGCGAUUUAAAGUGUUUUGCUUUGCUCUCAUUGGCCGUCUUUUAAAGAGCCCGCCUUUCUCCGUUAUGCAUGGCCUGCUAUUGGACUGAAGUCCUCAGCAUCAAUUUUGAACCGACCAAUCACAGAGGAGGGAUGAUGAUGAUGAUGAUGAUGAUGAGAGUCUCUGUGACAGAUUGUAUAUUUUCUAAAAUAAGUUUUAUCACAUUACUGGAUUGUUAGAGAUGUAGUUUAAUUGAUUAUUGAUUCAUUACUUCUCAUCAUUUCCUUCUUUACACGUCGCUCCUGAACGCCUCGGACUCAUGCUGUUGAUCCUCUGCAGGGCGUUGCCACAAGUUUAAUGAGAGCGAUGAUCCACGUUCCAUCUGGGACUCGGAGGCCUAGAGACUCGGAGGCCUGGAGACCCAGAGACCUGGAGACUAGGAGACCCAGAGACCUGGAGACUAGGAAACCCAGAGACCUGGAGACCCAGAGACCUGGAGACUAGGAAACCCAGAGACCUGGAGACCCAGAGACCUGGAGACUAGGGAACCCGGAGACCUGGAGACCAGGGAACCCGGAGACCCAGAGACCUGGAGACCUGGAGACCUGGAGAGCUGGAGACCUCCUCAUUCAGCUCACCACUAGAUGGCAGUAAAGUGGCUUUAGUACCUUAGUCUCCCAGAUGUGAUGCAUGUGUGAGGAGCAACAAGUGGGAGGAGCUUAACUUCAUUACCGUGCCAACAGCUGAUUGAAGCUCCGCCCUCUUUUUUUAUUUUAUAAACUUGUGGAAACGAA